UUGCCAUGUUUGCCAUUUAUCUUGGCUGUUUUCAGCCUCAGUAUAACAUGCGAACUGGUGACAAAAUAAUCAUGUUCAUGAGAAGCAAUGUUGUUUUUGUCAUAUUUGCUAAGGGAUACUGAAGGUCUAAGGACAGGAUGUUGUUGUAAAGCCUCAUGAGACAAAUUUGUAAUUUGUGAUAUUGGGCUUAAAUUCACUCACUCACUCACUCACUCACUCACACACACACACACGCACACACACGCAUGCAUUGCCAUGCUGUAAUAUUUGGACAUUAGUCAGAGCUUGGGCAUUUGGCGUUAAUACGAUGCUCGUCAAGUGAGUCUGUUAGCCAGACCUAAAGCUUACGCACGGUUCUUACAACGCAGACCCGUCGUCACCCGGCUCUCCAUAACGUUAUGCAGCAUUACACGAGAGUAAGCAAGCAGUUAGCAACCCCAAAACCAGUUUCACUCCGACCACCACGCAGAGGCUGGCAAGCUGGUGCAGCAAGAAGGAAAACGGACGGUCACUUUUAGACGUUUUUCCCUUCCCCAAACACGUUUGCAGGCGGCUGCUAUUGGCGUGUUGGAGGCGUCGGGAGAUGCGCUGCCCGACUCACGCCGACUGGUUACCGUCGACGCUAGCUGCGACGUUAGCCGUCGUUUACACAGCUAGCUACAACCAGAUCUAUAACCCCAUCCUUGCCACACACUUCAACGUUCACUUGCGUCGCUCGGAUAUAAACCCCUCUAUGCCGGAAUCGCGUCGCACGGGAUAUUUGUGUGACAUGGCCAUGACUGCCACGGCUGCUGCAGGAGCACCCAGAACAGCCAUGUCCAUCAAGUAUGAUGGGCUGUCCCACUGUAAAUUGGCCCUGGUAUUUGCUGUGCUGAUGGAUCUACUUGGCGUGGUGUCUCUCUUGCUAGGGGUCUUCGCCCCACUGGAGAUCCAAGGGCGGGAUUUUGGGGACCUGCUGGUGUACUCGGGCGCUCUAUUUGUGCUGAUGUCCCUGGGAGGCUGGGUCAUGUGGUAUAGCGGAAACAUUGAAGGGCUGACUUCCAAAAAGGAGCUGGGGGGACCCCUAGGGGGGGCCAUGGAACGCCUUGCCUACUCCCUGAGCCGAAGGAUACGGAUGCCGAGGAGUCACAGCAGCCCCUCAUGAAGACUGCAGCCCCAAAACCUGAAGAAUCAGUCUGUUUUUAGAUGUUGCACCAUCAUUAAUUGCUGUGCCAAACCAAAGCACCGUUGGCAGAGGAGUGUCGCUGCAGUUACUGCCUCUCUGGUUAUCUGGUCUCUCACACACCUCCUUCAUACAUGGAAUAUCACCCAUCUAAUGUCCGCACCACCAUUAAACUCAGGCACAAUUUGUUCCUCUGCAACGGAACACGUCUUUUUUACAUUUACUUACAACUUGUACAUUAUCUCGUGUUACGAAGUAUCAAUUA